AUGACCGGCACGGUGUCCAAGCUAGCCGCGCCCCGGCCGGCGGCGGCGCCGCUCCGGCCGGCGUCCCUCCGCACCGCCGCAAUCGCCUGCGCCCCCUCCCCGCGCCGGGUCAGCGUCUCCAUCGCCGGGCGAGCCAGGAGCCCCAUCAUUGCGAUGGCUUCUGCCAAGGAAGGAAAUGGUGCUCCGACCAAGAAGACCACGCUUCAUGAUCUCUACGAGCUCCAGGGUCUGUCCCCGUGGUACGACAACCUCUGCCGCCCUGUCACCGACUUGCUGCCCCUUAUCGCCAGCGGUGUUCGUGGGGUCACCAGCAACCCUACGAUUUUCCAAAAGGCCAUUUCAUCGUCCAGCGCAUAUGAUGAUCAGUUCAAGCAGCUCAUUUCGUCUGGAAAGGACGCGGAGAGUGCUUACUGGGAACUCGUUAUAAAGGAUAUUCAAGACGCAUGCAAACUUUUUGAGCCUAUCUACAACGAGACUGAUGGGGCCGAUGGGUAUGUCUCCGUGGAGGUGUCUCCUAGGUUGGCAAAUGACACUCAAGGAACUGUUGAGGCAGCAAAGUGGUUACACAAACUGGUCAACCGCCCCAAUGUCUACAUAAAGAUCCCUGCUACUGCGGAAUGUGUUCCUUCCAUCCAGGAAGUUAUCGCUAAUGGCAUUAGCGUCAACGUCACGCUUAUUUUCUCUAUUGCGAGAUAUGAGGCUGUGAUUGAUGCUUACCUUGAUGGGCUAGAGGCUUCUGGCUUGAGUGACUUAUCCCGAGUUACCAGUGUUGCAUCCUUCUUUGUCAGCCGAGUCGACACCCUUAUUGACAAAAUGCUUGAGAAGAUUGGAACACCUGAGGCACUUGCCUUGAGAGGAAAGGCUGCCGUCGCACAGGCCAAACUAGCAAAUCAGUUCUACCAGAAGAAAUUCUCUGGUCCAAGGUGGGAGGCGUUGGCCAAGAAAGGUGCCAAGAAACAGAGGUUGCUGUGGGCAUCCACCGGUGUCAAGAACCCAGCUUAUCCUGACACUCUUUACGUGGACAGUCUCAUUGGACCUGACACGGUCAACACGAUGCCCGACCAAGCUUUGCAGGCAUUCAUAGACCAUGGCACUGUUUCAAGGACAGUUGAUGCGAUUGUGUCUGAGGCAGAAGGUGUAUACAGCGCCUUGGAGAAGCUUGGCAUUGACUGGGAUGAGGUCGGAAAGCAGCUUGAGCUUGAAGGUGUGGACUCCUUUAAGAAGAGCUUUGACAGCCUACUUGUGAGCCUGCAAGAGAAGGGCAACAGCCUCAAGACGGCAAGUGUGUAA